GUAUUAUUUUAGUACAUGACUUGACAAAUAAGAAGUCAUCCCAAAACUUGUAUCGUUGGUCAUUGGAAGCUCUCAACAGGGAUUUGGUGCCAACUGGAGUCUUGGUGACCAAUGGGGAUUAUGAUCGAGAACAAUUUGCUGAUAACCAAAUCCCACUGUUGGUAAUAGGGACCAAACUGGACCAGAUUCAUGAAACCAAGCGCCAUGAAGUUUUAAUGAGGACUGCUUUCCUGGCUGAGGAUUUCAAUGCAGAAGAGAUUAAUUUGGAUUGCACGAAUCCACGGUACUUAGCUGCAGGUUCUUCCAAUGCUGUCAAACUCAGCAGGUUUUUUGAUAAGGUCAUAGAGAAAAGGUACUUUUUAAGAGAAGGUAAUCAGAUUCCAGGCUUUCCUGAUCGAAAAAGGUUUGGGGGAGGAACAUUAAAAAGCCUUCAUUAUGACUGAACUACACCCAUCCUUUGGAAGAGUGAGCAAGCAGUGGCAGUUUUUCACGAUUUUCCUCUUGCUGUGUCAAUUAUUAAUGUCACAGCCUUUUAACAAAACCAUCUUAAAAUGUUACCCUUCAGCGUCACUCUUUAAUGGAAAAAUGAAAGGAAGGGACAACGUGAGAGGUCCAACUUUUGUCCCCAUUUGCCGUUUCUCACCUUUCUGUCCCUGUUUAUAGAUUAUGUAAAAGCUCUGUGAAAAUAUAAGAUAUUGUCAAAAUGAUGCAGUAAAUGAGCAGUGACAGAGUACUGCAGAUAAAAUUUACUCUUGCCGAGAACUGGAGGGUUUUUAUGGGUCUGUAAUUUUCCCACACUCAUUGCUGAAGGCUUAAUUAAGUACUUCAAAAAUGUA